AGUUGACCGUUUAUGAAGAGCAGCUUAAUUAGGAAACAAUGAUAUAUAUCUGUUCCUUCCAUCAACCCCUUCAUUUUAAAUCCAUCAAACUUUCUUUCAUUUCAAAAUCAAUGCACACAUAAUAAUCUCAAAAUAUUAUAUAUGAUGGCCACAAUCACAAGUGAUUUAAUAGGAAAUUCUUCAACAUAUGAUAGAAAAAGUGAACUAAAAGAAUUUGAUGAGUCAAAGGUUGGUGUCCAAGGACUAAUAGAAAAUGGAGUAACAAAAGUUCCACAAAUGUUCUAUUGUGAGCAAUCUAACAUCAAUGAUAGUUCAGUCAAUGAAUCAAAUUCAAAGGUCAGUGUCCCUAUAAUUGACUUGACAGGAAUCCAUGAUGAUCCUGUUUUGAGAGAUGAAGUUGUGAAAAAAGUUCAAAAUGCAUGUGAGAAGUGGGGAUUCUUUCAAGUAAUAAAUCAUGGAAUUCCAAUACAUGUUUUGGAUGAGAUGAUCAAAGGAAUAUGUAGAUUUCAUCAACAAGAUGCUAAGGUUAGGAAAGAAUAUUACACAAGAGAUCUCACCAAAAAAGUUGUUUAUCUCUCCAAUUUUAGUCUUUACAAAGACCUAUCUGCUGAGUGGAGGGACACACUUGCAUUUUUCUGGGCACCUCAUCCUCCCAAAGCUGAUGAACUGCCUCCAGUUUGCAGUGAUAUUGUGAAAGAAUACACAAAAGAAGUAAUGGCACUUGCUUCUUCUUUGUAUGAGUUAUUGUCAGAGGCUCUUGGCCUUAAUCGUUUUCACCUCAAAGAAAUGGGUGGUGCUGAAAGUUUUUUUCAUUUAUGUCACUAUUAUCCACCAUGUCCUGAGCCAGAGUUAACCAUAGGCACUACCAAGCAUUCAGAUGCUAGCUUUAUUACACUACUUUUGCAAGAUCAUAUUGGUGGCUUACAAGUUCUUCAUGAUAAUCAAUGGAUUGAUGUGCCUCCCAUUCAUGGAGCUUUUGUAGUGAACAUAGGAGAUCUUUUACAGCUAGUGAGUAAUGACAAGUUCACAAGUGUUCAACAUAGAGUUUUAGCAAAACAUGUAGGUCCAAGAAUUUCAGUUGCAUCCAUUUUUAGAACAUGCAAUCAUUCAGUUGAUGGUAUGGAAAAUGUAAUUGGUCCAAUCAAGGAAUUAUUAUCUAAAGAAAAUCCACCAAUAUUCAGAAAUACUUCUUUCAAAGAGUACAUGACACAUCGUUUAGCAAAUGGCCUUGGAAUUUCUUCACUAUCACCCUUCAAGUUGUGAUUUAUGAACAAUUAUUGCAUGCAGUCUUGGGAUUCAUAUUCUUCGAUGUAAGCUUUUACACAAAGAAACAACUUAGUGUUUAUCUUGGUUAAUA